CGCGCCCUGGUUUGGCGAGAUUCAUUCAUUUAACGCCGGCGGCGAGAAGUCGGUCGUUUUGUUUAAACUUUAAAAGUGAUUAAUGACCCCCCCUAAUGUGUUAAAAAACAAAAAAUGGGGUUGGCGGAAGCUGCACUGCCGCCGAUUUCCGUCUUCUCGCGAGCCCAGGGGAGCAUGAUGAGCAUGGACUUUGAGGAGUGGAACGUGGCGGUUCCCACCUUUGAUCUCUCUGAUGAUGACCUACUGGACUUCCUCCUCACUGCUCCCUCGACCUCGGGAUCCCUGUCCCACCUUCUGGGUCCCACGGUGGAGGAGCAGAUGGGCUUUACGGUGGAGGAGCAGAUGGGCCCCUUGGCAGAACAAGGAUUCUACAUGAGCAACAGCUCGGAGCUUGACACUUCGGUGCUUUAUAGUACGUGCAGCUUGGCUGUAGGCUUUGAUACAGGGACUCUGAUGAAUGCUGGAAAUGAGCCGUUGACCUCCACGGCAGAAUUAAUGGACGACUCCAGGAGAGAAGCAAUGGUUGUCUCCACAGCAGAAGUUCCAUACGUCCCCAGGACGGCGCUACUAGAGGUCUCCACCAUGAAUGAAUCAUUGUUCCCCAGAACGGAGCAGCCAUUCGUCUCCACAGUGGAGCAUCUUCUGGGACCCAGGAUGGAGCAACCAAUGGUGCCCAGGAUGGAACAACAACUGGUCUCUGGAACAGAACUAUCAUUUGUCCCGAGGGCAGAGCAACCACUGGUCCCCGUUGUUGAGCAAAAAGUGCUCCCCAGGAUGGAGAAACCUUUAGUUCCUAUGGCAGAGCUACUAGAGGUUCCCACAAUGGAUCUGCCAUCAGUUCCCGGCAAAGAUCCUGCCAGCUCGGCCCAGCACCGCGAGGGAGCAAUACCAUCGCCUCAACAGCCAACCAUUACUGCGGCAACCGGCGGAAACACCUUUACAAAAGCUUCCGGUGUGCAAGGCGUGCGUGCGCGUGGCGGUGCACGCAUCAGGAAGGCCUCGCAUGCGUGCACACACCCGGGGUGUGGGAAGAUUUACACCAAGAGCUCGCACCUCAAGGCGCACGUUCGCACACACACAGGAGAGAAGCCGUAUGUGUGCCCAUGGUCUCCAUGCCCGUGGCGCUUCGCACGCUCGGAUGAGCUCACGCGCCAUGUCCGCAAGCACACCGGGGCGCGGCCCUUCUCCUGCCCAGACUGCGACCGGAGAUUUUCUCGCUCCGACCACCUCACCCUGCAUGCCAAGACCCACCUAUGACUCUCACUUGUUUGCCAAGAGCCACCUAUGACUCGCACCUGUACGCCAAGAGCCACCUAUGACUCGCAUCUGUGCACCAAGAGCCACCGAUGACUCUCACCUGUACGCCAAGAGCCAGCUACGACUCCCCUGUAUGCCAAGAUUUACCCGUAUUCACCUGUGACUCUCACUUUUUGGGUCAAGACUCAACUAUGGCUUUCAACCUUUGUCAAGAAUGACUUGUAUGGUUAAUACUCAGAUGUACAAAUCUGACUCCUCUGCUCAGUUAAAACUCACCUGUACAUCAAGAUGUAGCUGUCACUCAUCUAUAUCAUGUGACUGUCACCUCUAUGCCAAGACUUGUCUGUCACUUACCUGUUACCUGUAGGUCAAAACCUACCUGUGACUCAAGACUUUCAUGUCUAUGAAGACCCUCUUGUCGCUCACCUGUAUGAUAAACUCACCAGUAUACUGUUCUAAGACACACCUCUAACUCACCUGCAUGGUCCAUAGUUGCCUGUCAAUCACCUGAGUUAGGAGGUAAAAAUGAAUGGGUCAAUGAGGGUGAGGGCUGAGUUGGUGAGCAGUUGGUAGAAUGAGUUACGAACUGGGUUGGUGCGCGAUUGUUUGGGUGGACGAGUAGGUGAAUGGGUGGGUGGCUAAAACUUUACUGUUCAAAACUGUAAAAAAAUUGGUUAGUUUUGCAUCCAAGACAAAAAUAUACCCAACGUUUAAGCAAAACGUUAACUUUGCCUAACGUGAGCCUCGCCCACUGUUAUCACUGCCUUAUAGCGUAAAUAUAAAGUUAUACUUAGGUAUGAAAUACACUGAUAAUUAAGCUCGAUGGGCUGUCAUGAUUAAAUAUAUUACGUCAAUAUCAAGAGUUGAGAAAUCUUAAGGAGCUCUCUCACCAGGUUAAAUGAAUUGUCGGUCACAAAUUUUUUAUGUCAGUGGGCUUUCACUGGGGUAAAUAAUGGAAAAUGAAGUUAUAUUUAUAGACAUUGAAGUUAUUUAUAAUUGAUAUUUUGGAUGAGCAGGACUUUUCGGAUACAGUAUUUGAUAAGCCGGACUUAGAAUUUAUACAUUGCAUUUAGCAAUGAUGAUAAAUAAGUCAUACGCUAUAUCUAGAAUAUGUAUAUUACAUAUGGGAGACUUUGAAUAUUCAUGGGUGUAUGUGUUAUUUCUACUAUGUUGGAUAAGGAGACCUUGAAUUCAUAUAAUGGUUAAAAUUCGCUAUGCGAUCAUAUAUUGGAUAAGCGAAACUCUUAAUUACUUAAUAUGUAUACUGUGGAUAAGCCGUGCUUUGAAUGUAUACAUUUAAUAUCCUCUUGUUUUCGGUAUAUAUUUGCAAGUUGUGAAUAUAUGAGAGACUGGAAAUAAAACUUUCUUUUCAGUAA